AUGUCUGCUAGUGUUGAAAAUGAAGUAGAUAUCGAAACACCACCAACCUCUGUUGACUCUUCGCAAGUGAAAACGGAGGAUUCACUAGAUAGUGAGGCCGUUCUGGUCGAGGAGCCCAAACCCUUACCAUCACUUAAGGAUCUGCCAUCGCUAUGUUCAAAUACCAGUUUAGGCAGUGCUAAAGUUGCAUGGGGUCCUCACGUGAGACCACCUGCACCUUCUACUGUCUCCUCAUCACCCUCUCCAUCACCGUCGUCCAACAAGUCCAACUCUAGACCUAUGCGGUCAAAGACGAUUCAAGAGGCUUUCACGUUAGAUUUACAAAGCCAGCUGUCAAUUAAUAAACCCGAAUUCUCACGUAUUGUCCAAAGUGUGAAGCAGACACAUUCCGUUUCCGUCGAAUCUACUUUGUCUAAGAACUCCCGUACUUUCUUAAUCUCAGGAUAUCCAGAGAAUGUACGUGAAGGAAGAAGAGAACUCAUCAAAAAGUUGACCAAGCCUAUUGUGGAUGUCUUUCAGGUUCCUUCUGGCUGCAAAGCAGCCAUUAUUGGCUCUGGCGGUAAACAUAUUAGAGAAAUCCAAGAUUCGCUUGGUGUUAGGAUAAAUUUGGCUAAGGAAAACAAUCCGGACUCUUUCGAUGAGGACUUGAAUGAUUUCACUUCGGACAUUUCUAUCGAGGGUGAUAUCGAAUCUGUAAAACUAGCAAAACAAAGAAUCGCCAAAACAGUUAAAGAAGAAACUAAGAAUGCUUCAAUCAAAAUUUCCUUGGAAAAUGAAUCUUUUGUUCCUUUUGUUGACUUCUCUUCCUUUUCAUCCGACGAUGAUGUCAAGGUGCAGUUUUUUGAAAAGUCUGGUGACAUCUUAAUAUCCGGCCUUUUAGAAGAUGCUAAGGCAACAAAGAUCAAGAUUCAGGAUUACUUGAAGCAACUUGAAACUGAAAUUACGGAAGAAAGAAUUGUAAUUCCAAGAAAAUUUCAGUUUUUAAUCGAUGUUGAGGAAAUUAGAGAAAAAUUCAAUGUGGUGGUCAAAUUACCAACCAAGUCAGUCGAAGACCAAAAAGUCUCAUUUUUGGGUACGUACUCCACGGUUAAAGAAGCAAUAGAUUUUGCAAGGACGUCAUCCAAAGCUUACGCUGUCGAUACUUUAGAUAUCUCCAAGUCUCACAGUAAAAAUCUGUCUCACGCAAAAAAUCUAGCCUUAUAUUUCUCAAAAUAUGAUGCUUUAAAAAAUAUUCAAGAUGCUCACCCAGACACAAAGAUUCUCUUACCAUCCCCAGAAGAGUUAGCUCUUGCCGAAAGUGUUGACAUUUUAAUUAGUGGAAAGAACGAUCAAACUGAUGAAAUAAAAAACGUUAGAAAGGAACUGAUCUCUUUGGUCAACGAUAUUACCCCACAAGAUACUCUGAUUAUCGAUGAUUUAGAUUUCGAGUUAUUUGGCAAAGAAAUUAAAAAAAUCCUACUGGGGCAAGAGAACGAGGCUAGUCUUGUUCAAUUUGUCCAGUUUGGUGAUUACUACCCUGACAAUGAUUCCAUUUUGUUGGUUGCUACUCCUUCAAAUGAGGAUUUCAAGCCAUCUGUGGAAGAAAUCAAGCAGAGAUUGGACCAGGUAAGCUCCUCUUUGGAGUCUUUACGCAGCAAACAGAACAAUUUGGAAACUAAAACCAUACAUCUAUCUUCGAACGAUCAAAACUCCCUAUUCCUCGACUCAAAGGUUACCUUAGGUUUGAUUUCAGAAGAAGCUAAUCAAGAAGAAGGUCAUUUGCAGAUCAAACUACACACUCCAAGCGAUGAUGAAAUUACUUUGAGAGGAAAUGGUAAGGCACUUAAAGUUGCUGCCAAGGCAUUCGAAUGCACAGCCAAAGCGCCAUCUAAAAAAGCUAAAACUACUGUUGAAAUUCCAGCAAAUGCAGUCGCUAGGUUAAUCGGAAGUAAAGGCUCUAAUUCUCAACAAAUUCGUGAAAAAUUCGAUGUUCAAAUUGAUAUUCCCUCAGAAACUGAAAACGGGAAAAGUGUUGAAGUGACACUAACAGGCUUACAAUACAAUAUGGACAUAGCCAAGAGCUACAUUGCAGCUGAAGCAAAAAAAUGGGCCGACAUUGUUUCCAAAGAACUGAUCGCACCGCAAAAAUACCAUCGUAAUUUGAUUGGACCUCAAGGUAUCUACUGUCAACGUUUACAAGACAAAUAUAAUGUUCGUGUUAUGUUCCCAAAGACUGGCGAUUCAAUUACUAUCAGAGGUCCUUCUCGUGGUGUUGCAAAGGCUUACGAAGAAUUGAAAGCGUUACUUGAUUUUGAAAUGGAAAACGGUCAUAAAUCUGUUAUUAAGAUCAAAACGGAGUGUGUUUCCAGGAUCAUUGGUAAGAACGGUGAUGUCAUCAAUGACAUAAGAGCCGAUUACGGUGUUCGUGCAGAUUUUUUGCAAAGCUCCAGUGAUGCCAAGGCGCAGGAGCUCGAAGAAGUUGAUUUAGAAAUUACGGGCUCUAGACAAGCAAUCAAAGAUGCGGUCCAAAAAAUUAAUUCUAUCAUCGCUGAAGUGCAAGAUUUUGUCAAAAAGACGAUUGAUGUCGAUCCUAAGUAUCACGGAAUCAUUCUUGGUAGUGGUGGGCGCAAUCUCAGAGAACUUAUGUCUAAAGCCGGAGGUGAUGAAUGUAAAAGUAGAUUUGUUGACAUACCAAAGGCUAAUUCUGAAUCUCGUGUUAUUACUGUGGAAGGACCAAAGAAAUUUGUUGACAGCUUUGCUAAAGAAAUAAAAAAGAUUAUUGAAGAUGGUGAAAACAGCAUUACAAAGGAAUUGGACAUACCAUCUGAAAGACAAGGAGCAUUAGUGGGACCUGGUGGUGUUGUUCGCCGUCAACUGGAGUCUGAGUUCCAUGUCAUUUUGAAAAUUCCAAACAAAAAUGAAGAAGGUAGAGUUACGAUCACUGGUUUACCAGAAAAUGUUGCAAAAGCUGAAAAGAAAAUAUCGUCAGAUAUUGUCAAGGAAAAUUUUGAUCAUGAACUACAGGUGCCAGCCAAAUACCACGAAUUCGUAUCUGAACGGGGUGCUUUAAUUAGAGAUCUAAGAAGCUCCGAGUCCAUUAAUGUGAGACACGGUAAUGGUACUAAAAAAGCUAACCAAAUCAUCCGUAGAUCUAUUAUCGUUCCUGCUGAAAGAGUUCGUGGAUCUGGAGACGAAAAGAUCAAAUUCAUUAGCGAAGAAAUUGACUCUUCUGAAGAAAGCGCCUUAGAAGGAACGAUCCCUUGGAGAUUAUCAUAUGAACCUGUUAAUUUAGAUGAUCUCUUUGAAGAUGACGACGCAAAGAAAACCAAGACAGAAAGUGAUCCAAGCAAUGAUAGCAACAAAAAGCAGUCGGCCAUUGAAAAAGCGGUGAAGAUAAUUGAGGGCAGAAUUGCAUUGGCUCCAAGUGCCAAUACUGUUGGCUACAUCUGGACAGCUAAUCCAAAGAAUUUUAAUAAAAUUGUCGGACCUGCUGGUUCUAAUAUCAAAAAGCUCAGAGAAGCUACCGGCACCGUUAUUAAUGUUCCAAAAAAAUCUGAUAAAAUUAAUGAUACUAUUGUCAUUAAAGGCACAAAAGAAGGUGUUGAAAAAGCAGCUGAUAUGAUCACAAAGCAGUUGUAA